AUGCGUGGGUUGUCGACUCUCUACUGUCUAGCAUGCGAGCAGGAGGGCUGCCUCGCGAAUUCGGACUUCGUUGAGGUGUGCAGGGCCCUCGACACCUCGGAGGAGUGCCCAACGCAUUUGGAUUUCCACGCCACGCACUUGGGCGACGCGGCGGCGGCGGCGGUCCUUCGCACGAUGGCGGUCAUGCGGUGGGUGCGCAGCGUCGACCUGCGCGAUAGUGGGGCGGGGGCGCGCGCCGUGGCGGCGUUGGCGGCUGUUGCCGACGGGCACCCGAACCUCCGCUGGGUGGACCUGCGCGGCGGCGGCAACGACAUCUUCGCGAUGUCGGGGCGGCGGCUGCUGGCGGUCUUGAGCCGCUGCCCAAUGCUGGUGGUGCACGUCAACUACGAGGAAUUUCCCGCGACAAUGGCGCGGCGGCUGCGGGCGGCCAACGACCACAACCAGCAGCUGCAGCAGGAGGAGGCGGCUGCAAUUGCGACGGAAAAGAUGGCCCUUGUACCAGUGCUCGACUCCCUCCAGGGGGCGGGCUACGAGGAGGACCUCUUCUACCUGCCCACGCACGACCGCGCUGGGUGCUCGGUCUACGGCGAGGAUGCCAAUCUACUGCAGCUGGUGGGAAGCCUAAACACAUACAUGGAGGACUACCUGGAGAGCUAUCAGUACGUUGGCCGCGUGGCGGCGCAGCUGGCAGUUGACCUCGGCGCGGCGAUUCUUCCAUGCAUUCGUGCGACCGCCGUGGCCGUCCCGCCAUCUGUGGCGACGAGCACGGGCCGCGUGUACCCCAGCGACGUCAAGGCGACGGUGCGAGCGGUGGAUGCCCUUCUUGGCGGAUUGCGUGCGAAUCCGUUCCUUCUUGAGGAGCUGCUUGUGGCCCGGGGGCCCAUGUUGGAGAUGUAUCUGGCGAAACUGAGGGAGGUGCGCGGGGAGUACGAGUCUCUGGUGGCAGCUCGCCUGGGAUUGUGCCCCUCCCACCGCGAGCGAACGCUGGUGGUUGAGAUGCGGCCCCUGUACAACCGCAUCGUCGCGGCGCUGGUUCAGAAGUCCAUGACGGGGCUGGCGUCGAUGGCCCACGUGGAGGAGCACCUGCGCCGCGUGCGCGUCGAGGUGCUAAGCCGGCUUCUGGAAGGUAGAGAACGCGUGCUGCCGGUUCUGCUCACGCAGGUGCAGUACUUCGCGUACAACCACCCCGCGCAGGCAAGCAAGUGGACCGAGGCCUAUGGAAGAAAGGAAGAGGAGGUGCCGCAGGAGGCAGAGCAGGCGGAGGUGGAACACGACGCGGACGUCGCCGCCCCAUCGCCGGGUGCCCCACGGAAACGCGGCAAGAUGUGCGUGACGGCCAUGCGUGAGCUGCGAGAGUUAUUGCAGGAUCCUUACACCUCGGCCCGCUACUCUGUCACAAGGCCACUGUUUGAAGUGCUCCCGAUGGAAAUGCGAGUGUUUCUCUGUGACCUCGCGCUGCGGCGUGCGGCCUCGCUUUACACCCCGGCGAUAUUUGUGCUGGAGAAGAAGGCGCCGCCGGAGGGGCCGCGGUUAGAGGAUUGGCUGCCGACGACGAAGCACGACGACCCGUUUGACAUUGUCCGCAUCUUUGAACGGGUUCGCUGCCGCAGGGAGCUCUCCGAGGUGCUCUGCGCCUUCGAGGAGUGGUACCGGCUGCGGCAGGUGGAGUGCUACGAUGUAACGCAUGUGAGUCGGCAGGAGCUGCUGUCAAGGGUGUAG